GACGGACGGACCUCUUUCAUCUUUGCUCCAACAAUCGAGCAAACGUCGAGUUGGACAUUUAUUUUGAAACGCGUACGCCUCACCGGAAAAGUUUAAAUACAUCUUUGCCGCGCGCUUCAUGAGCGUGACCGCGUGAGCUGCGUACGUUCACGUCCGGGUUGAAUCAUAAAUCACAGGUUUUUGAUUUUGGAAGUCGAGCAAUGACUGAGGCGAAUGUUGUUUUUAAUAAACGUGACGCUUCCGCAGUUCUUUAACAAACGGAAACGAGUGAAUUUCAUGUUGUGUGUUUGUAUUAUUUCAUUAAUAUAAACUUCAUGUGUAUGUUGUCAUAAUUUGGUGGAAGUCAACGGUUACGGCACAGAGGCGAGUGGGCGUGGCACAUCACAGGUGUGCGACGGGAGAAGGAAAUAGGAAACAGGAAAUAAAGAAGAAGAUGCCAGAGAGGGGAAGACACCACCACAGGAGCGAUGUGUACACGGAGAACAAGAGCAGAGAUAGAGACAGAGACAGAGACAGAGACUAUUCACCUCAUGGAGGAGGCCGCGCUUCAUAUGACAGCGGAGGACGCGACCAGAGGCCGAGAGACAUGGACACAAGAGGCUCUGCUGGUGACAGGAGGGACGUGACGAGUGCCUCUCACAGGGAGCCAGCUGCUUACAGAGACCACAGACAUGAACAUGAAGGACCCUCCAAACUGUCCAGAGAGACACCGGUGCACCACGCUGAGCAGGAGGACGAGUAUUAUGUGCAACAACACAGACAGGCUCUCUACAACCUGAGGUACAUCUUAACAAGUAGAGGUCUGUGUCAGCUCAUGGAGGUAUUUGUGAACCUGCUGAUCAUCAUCUGUGCCGGAGUGCCUUACAGCAACAACGGGGGUUACCGUGACCUGGCCAGCCUCGGCGGAAUCUACUAUUAUCACUUUGGCGGAGCCAACGCGUUCACUGGAGCCGACGCAGACCGAGUGAAGGAGCUGGACCGGCUGUUCCAUCAGCUCAAACGCCCACCGUACGUCUUCGCCAUGGCCUGCGGGGGGGUUUUAAUGAUCUACGCCUUUGUCAUGCUCGGCCUGGGGAUUUUCCGCGUCCCUUACCGCUGCCCUCCCGUGCUGCUGGGUGAGGCUCUGCUGAACUUCCUGAUCGGCCUGGGUUACAUCCCCGCUCUGGCCUUCUACUUCAUUAAGCUGCAGGAAACCUACAAUAAUCCCAUCUGCACAGAGAGAGAGGAGAUGUACAAGAGCAAAGGGCACAAGGGCUUCGAGUGUCGGGUGCACGGGGCGGACAUCGCAGGAGGCCUCUUUGGGGCGACCGGGGUGUUUGUUUUCAUCUUUGGUGCAGUGUUAGCCGUCAGAGCUUUCAGGUCAGUGCGCGACAGGAAGCAGCAAAGAACAAACGAGGACAAUCAUUUUUAGACUUUCUAUGUCUAUUGUUAUUUUGUAUUAACUCUUGUUUACUCUGAUGAAAGAAUUAACGUAGCAUCUUGUUAAGUAUAUUUAAAGGGGCUAUAUGUAAGUUUAAAACAGGCACUUCAAUCUACAGUAAAUUGAUCAAAUAUUAGUUUUCCUCUUCCCCCUCCUCCCUGGAGACUCGAGGUCACCGUGUAGUUUGGUAGUUUGAGGAUUCAGUCCUGUACGAACCAUGAUGGAUCUGUGAGGAGCUGCACCACAGAAACAGAACUGGUGCAGCACCUGGACCCGUCACCUGUCAGGUCUGAAGCCUGUCACAUGACAGAUAAGUGAUUAACAUACGGCCCCUUUAACCUUUAUCCAAAGCUGCUUUUAUACUCUUUUUAUGCUUCAGUGCAUUUUUUACAUUAAAUUUUGUUACAUUUUUCCUCGUUGCCUCUCGUCUAGUUUACAGAACUGUUGACAGCGUCUUGCCUUGUGUAAAUGUGUAGUGAUACUAAACUACUCAAUGUGGCAUGUUAUUAUUCACACGACAUACAGUAUAUUUGGAAAUGUUAUUGUUUUGUGCAAUUGUUUUACGUUUCCUUUUAGAAAAGUUAAAUCAGUUAUUAGAAAAGUGACCUUGUCUGCGUUUCCCACACCAAAAUGAUGAUGAAUUCCAUAGAUCUUCAUACAGUUUCUGCUGUUUUUAAAGGAAAAGUGUCACAUUACCAGGGUGAAAUGUAUAUUUGUUACGAUGAGGAUGAUUUUUGGAUUUGAUGUUUUGUAUUCAAAAUUCUUAUAGCCGUAAAUAUUAAAGUAUUCUUCAAGUAUAAAUAUCA